UUUUCUUAAUAUUUUUCUUCAAUUCCAUUUUAUUUCUCUCCAUUCAAACCAGGUCUAAAACAGUCCGCACGUAGAAUCAAACACGUUUUUCUUACAUAAAUAAAACUCCUAAUUAAUAAGAUAUUUUUUUUAAAAAAAAAACACUGCCUAUAAAUAAACCCAAAAUAAAACCCUCUCUGAAACAACAUACUUUGAUUAUUUCUUUCCCCCCAGCCAUGGCUCGCUCAUUGUUCCUAUGCUCACUCCUCAUCCUCGCUGUCACCACCUUUUCCUCACCCACGGGUGCUCUUAUCCUGACCCUAGUCAACAACUGCAACUACACCGUGUGGCCCGGCAUCCAGCCCAACGCCGGCCACCCCGUCCUCGCCGGCGGCGGCCUCACCCUCCGCUCCCUCACCCACCAAUCCAUCCCCGUCCCCGACGCCCACUGGUCCGGCCGCGUCUGGGCCCGCACCGGCUGCUCCUACUCCGGCACCGCCUUCUCCUGCGCCAGCGGCGACUGCGGCGGCCGCCUCCAGUGCAACGGCGCCGGGGGCGCCGCACCCGCCACCCUCGCCCAGCUCGAGGUCCACCACGGCAGCAACGACUACGCCUCCUACGGCGUCAGCCUCGUCGACGGUUUUAACGUCCCCAUGACCUUCACCCCGCACGAGGGCAAAGGCGUGUGCCCUGUCGUGGGUUGCCGCAACGACCUUCUCGCCACGUGUCCGCGCGUGCUGCAGCACCGUGUGCCCGCGGGUCACGGACCCGUGGUGGCUUGCAAGAGCGGGUGCGAGGCUUUUCACACGGACGAACUCUGUUGCAGGAACCACUUCAACAACCCUAACACGUGCAAGGGAUCUAUCUACUCCUCCUUCUUCAAGCACGCGUGCCCUGCCACCUUUACAUUUGCUCAUGACACCCCCUCCCUCAUGCACCAGUGUUCCUCCCCGCGUGAGCUUAAGGUUAUCUUUUGUCAUUAAUAUUAGGGACCAACUACUAAGCUUUCUUGUGUUAAGAAGCCGUUUGGGUCAUUGUUAAGUGACUCGACUCUUGUCUUUUCUAAUAAGAUUCGAACAAAACAGAAAUGUAGUAGUCGUGUGUCUUUGUAAUUUCUUUGGCUUAGUUGGGUGUGUUUUGUGAUUGUUAGCUUGAAAAAAUAACAAAAAAAUGUAAUUUUUAGUUGUGUUUCAUAAUAGAGCUUCACCUUCUCUUUUGGUAAAAAAUAAAUAAUGUUUAUUUUCCUA